GAAACAGCAGGUCAGACGACUAAAGGUAUAAAAAAAGCUGAGGUGUCAUCAACUCCACUCAUUCCGAUCCCUGUCGUCUGCGAGAGGUUUCAGAAUCUUAAGGUGUGGAGACCAGGAGAAGAGACAAAAGUCUUCAGUAGUUUUUGAAAAUGGCCAUCAUUUAUUUGGUCCUGUUGAUGACUUGUGCCUUGAUGUCCAGCACUGAUGCAAUAGAGAGGAGGAACAUCUCCACUGAUGAAGCUGACUUCGAAAACGCGACAGAUUCAGCAAGCCCUGAAAUCAUCCAGCCUGAUGAAGCUGUCAUCAAUGAGACAGAUGAAGCUGACUUCGAAAACGCAACAGAUUCAGCAAGCCCUGAAAUCAUCCAGCCUGAUGAUGCUGUCAUCAAGAAUGAGACAGAUGCAGCAAGCACUGAAGUUGCUGAGACUGAUGAAGCUGAUGUAAAAAGUGACACAGAUUCAGGACACACUGAAAUCAACAAACCUGGUGCGGUUUGCAGCUGUCCAAACAUUUUACAGUCAUACCAGUUUGAUGAAGAGGCUGUCAUCCUUAAACUUAAGUUUGCAAUGACCAGUUUUCAAGAGGGCAGAACAGUGAAGUCUGCACUCCGCUUUUUAAGUCAAGUAGAGAGAAGAGUUAAAGCAGCAUCUGAUUCCAUCAAGGCUUUGACCUCCAGACUAGACACACUGCAGGCAACUGUCGAUGGCAUAAAAGCUAAAGCCGAUUUGCUCCCCCCCUUGACCUCCACAAUCAACUCACUCCAGGCAGAUGUUGUCGACUUAAAAGCAAAAUCAGGGGAAAUAGUGGAUCUCAAACUGACUGUCAGUACACUCGUACGAGAGAUCGACACCAUGAACACAACUGUAGACCAUCUUGAUCAACACAUUUACUUUAUGACCACCUUUAACGCAUCGAACUUGAGACUGGAGCCUGGGCCGGUGGUGUUUGACCUGGUGGUGACCAACACAGGUGACGCCUACAACGCUGCCACCGGGGUCUUCACGGCGCCUCGUCACGGGGUCUAUGUCUUCUCUGCUCAGUCCUUCUCACAAAGCUCCACUGAUGCCAACUGGGAUUUAUAUGUCAAUGACCAGUUAGUGCUGCGCUCCAGGUUUGUCACUACAACUGACACCAGUCACAACUACGUGGUCCCCGUGACUCUAGAGGCCGGAGGUCAGGUCUACGUCAAGAACUUUAACGUCCUCAACAUUUACGGAACCAACCACAGCUUUUUCAGUGGAUGGCUGAUCAAAGCCUUUUAGACAUCAUCUAGUCUUCUGAUAAAAGUCUGAAAAGUGUACAAGCUUUGUAACAUGUUUGAGCCUGAAGGGUUGCACUACAGACACAGGGAGGUCUUGUGGCCUACACCAGGAAGUCUUGGCACAAUUAUAACACAGUCCUACAUGCCUCAUUGCAUAAGAAGGAUUAAACUCUGAAAAACUUGCA